GGUGGUCUGACCCCACAGCACCUCUGCACCUGCCUUCAUCAUCGUUUGUCCUGGACAUCGGUCAUCCUUGUUGUCCCACAGAGCAUAUCCUGCUGGACUCGCAGCCGGCCCAUUGGAGUAUUGGAGAGACGUGCGGUCCUCAAGGGCGGCACAUGGUGCCCGGCAUGGCUGGUGGCAUAUGCGUGACCCUGCUACUCCUGCUCAGUGCGAUUCCCGCCGGCAGCAGGAAGAGCUGGAGGAGACGCGGGCAGCAGGUGGUACCCAGCAGCCGAGAGCGGAGCGAAGGCGGCGGAGAGAGCUUCCCUUUGGAUUUCACCGCGGUGGAGGGGAAUAUGGACAAUUUCAUGGCCCAGAUCAAGAGUCUGGCGCAGUCUCUGUACCCGUGUUCUGCCCAGCGUCUGGAUGAAGAAAUGAAACUGCACCUUCUUCAGAACCAGUCGGUGACCUGCAACGACGGGAGCCCAGCGGGUUACUACCUUAAGGAGUCCAAGGGCAGCCGGCGAUGGCUCGUCUUUUUGGAAGGUGGAUGGUACUGCAUCAGCCGUGAAAACUGUGACCUCCGUUAUGACACAAUGAGACGACUAAUGAGUUCGAAAGGAUGGCCGGCUACUAAAACAGCAUCAGGGAUUUUAUCGACUCAGCCGGAGGAGAAUCCGCACUGGUGGAAUGCCAACAUGGUAUUUAUCCCGUAUUGUUCAAGCGAUGUGUGGAGUGGAGCAUCACCAAAAACAGAGAAAAAUGACUAUGCAUUCAUGGGAUCGCUCAUUAUCCAGGAGGUGGUGAAAGAACUCCUAGGGAAAGGCUUGGACACGGCAAAGGUUCUGCUGCUGGCAGGAAGCAGUGCUGGUGGUACUGGAGUUCUUCUCAAUGUGGACCUGGUGGCCGAGCAGCUGGAGGAGUUGGGAUACCCUGGGAUUCAAGUUCGAGGACUCUCCGACUCUGGCUGGUUCCUUGAUAACAAACAAUACAGGAGGACAGAUUGUGCGGAUAUCAUUACAUGCGCGCCUACCGAGGCCAUCCAGAGAGGAAUCAGGUACUGGAACGGGGUAGUUCCUGAACGUUGCAAGCAGCAGUUUAAAGAAGGGGAAGAAUGGAACUGUUUCUUUGGCUACAAAAUCUACCCAACCCUUCGAAGUCCGGUGUUUGUGGUUCAGUGGCUCUUUGACGAAGCUCAGCUGACCGUGGACAAUGUCCAUUUGAGCGGUCAACCAGUGCAGGAGAGCCAGUGGCUUUACAUCCAGAACCUGGGCCGGGAGCUGCGGAGCACGUUGAAGGACGUUGGGGCGAGUUUUGCUCCUGCAUGUUUGGCCCACGAGGUGAUCACCCGCAGUCACUGGACAGAGGUGCAGAUUCGUGGCACCUCUCUACCCCGAGCUCUACACUGCUGGGACCGCAGCCUUCAGGAGACGAGCAAAAACAGCAAGACCCCCCUCAAGGGCUGUCCCUUCCACCUCAUGGACAGCUGCCCCUGGCCACAGUGUAACCCUACAUGCCCCUCCAUCCGAGACCACUUUACAGGGCAGGAGAUGAGCGUCGUCCAGUUCCUGAUGCAUCUUGGCUUUGACGUACAGAAGAUGGCCAGCCAACAGGGCAUGGAGCCGGGCAAACUCCUUGGGGUGCUGAGCAGCUAGGGGGAAGAGGAUGGACUCUUUCUAAUGGGUUAACAGGAGCUGACAGA